AUGAGCACUGGGCAACCGCAGGAAGCCGCAGUGUAUGCGGACAUCGAAGCUGCCUUUAAGUACCUCCGCGAGGAGCUUCGGAUCCCUUGGUCACAAAUCGUGCCGUAUGGCAGAUCCAUUGGAACUGCGCCGUCGAUACACCUGGCCAAAACCGCACCAGUCCGGGGAAUCAUUCUCCAGAGCCCCAUGGUGUCGAUCUACAGAAUACCGUUCCGCUUGCGCUUUACCCUUCCAGGAGACAUUUUCACCAACAUUGAUAAGAUUGGCGAUGUUUGCUGCCCUGUGUUCGUGAUCCAUGGCACCAGGGAUGAAAUUGUUCCCGUGUGGCAUGGACAGGCUUUGCACGAAAUGUGUGUGAAGAAGGGCAUUGCUUAUGAAGCAUAUGUUGUGGAGGGCGGAGAUCACAACAACUUGGAGAUGCAGGCUGGAGAUGUGUUCUACGAACGAGUUGCGCGCUUCCUGGAACAUUUGAAGCGCGCUGCCAUCUCUGAAAAGUUGCAGAGACAGGCUGGAAGUUCGGUAUGGGCAAGGUCUUGGAAGAAUCCGGAGAAACUCUGGCUACUAGGAGCAAAGGACGCUACUAGGGGCUCCUGGCAUCGCUACUAG